AUGUACGAGACCAAGGCGGAACAGCAGGACUUGAAGCGAGGGGCGGCCGCUGCUACAAUUCACUCCACGCUUGACGAUGUCAGUGGAAACCCGGAGAAAAAUAUCAAAAUUACGGAUUUAUUUGGCAAUGAGGCGACGUGCGCCAAGGAGGACGCGGAUAACGCGCUUUGCCUUCUAUUCGCGGCGCUGAGACUUUCGGAGCGCAUUGCGGACGAUCCGGUCUUCCGCUACGCGGUCCUGUGCAUUGCGCGCGCUGGACCUGGGUACGUCCCUCCUAAGAGGCGCUACAUUGGAGGGGCAGGCUUGAAGAAGGUGCGGCGGAAAAUAGAGGUCGCGUUCGCCCCCGUUGCCGCGAGCUGGAAGCGGGACGGGGUAACGGUGUCGUCGGACAUGAUGACCGACCGUUGUGGCCGCCCGCAGGCCAACGUGCUCCUUGUCAACGACUCCGGCGCAGUUUUCGAGCUGGCGGUGGGGCCGGAGAAUGUGGUGGCGGUCUGCACCGAUGGCGGCAGCAACUAUGCAUCGGUCGCCAAGAAGAUUACGAGCACAUGGCCGCACAUUGAGCAUGUGCCAUGUGCCACGCAUGUCCUGGACCUGAUGAUGGAAGAUAUUGGCAAAAUGGGAUGGGCGAAGGGGCUUGGGGAGAAAGGAGGGGAGAUGAUUACCUUCGUGCGCAACCACCACUGCACCCGUGCCUAUAUGAAGAAAGUGGGGGGGAAGCAGGUGCUCAAGCCUGCGGGAACCAGGUUCGGGACACAAUACAUAGCCAUGGCCCGGCUAUGUGAGGUGAGGAGUGGGCUGGCGGCGAUGGUGCUCAGCGACGAGUGGAAGGUGUGGGCAGCGGCGGACAAGGAUAGGAAGACAGCAGCUGAGAAAUUCAGGGCUGCUGUGAUGGAUGAGGAGUGGUGGGGGGUGGCGGAGUUUCUUUACCUCUCUCAUGGCGGUGCCAUUCAAGGUCAUGCGGGCCACGGACUCUUCCGCGAAAGGCAUGAUGGGUGGGACAACUCCCUUGCAUGCCCCAUGCAUGUGGUUGGCCGGAUCCUGAAUCCGGCCAACCAGGAGGAGGGAAUUUUCAGGAACGAUGUGGAGUGCACGCGGGUGUUCAAGGACUACAUCGAGCGCCACUAUGACAACAAGACCUUCAAGCGUGGCAAGGAUGGCGCCCCUCGCCGCGCCUCCCUUAUGCUGCAGGAGGCAUUGCUGGCCUACAUCAACAUGGAGGGCAGCUUUGGCAAGCGGGGCGCCAUUUCUACAAAGGAGGCAGUGAAGAAGGGGGAGAUGAGCAUGGUGCAGUGGUGGUCGUGGCACAGCACCGAGUAUCCUGAGCUUGCCGCCCUCGCAGGCCGGGUGCUCACUCAGCCCAAGGAUGGGGGCAGCACGGUUGUGCCCGGUAACAUCCCGGAUGCCCCUAUCCCCCCCGGCUAUAACAUGGAUGAGGAGGAGGAUGACAUGCUGGGGGAGGAAGGAGAGGAUGCAGUGCUGGCGGAUGAGUAUGGGGAAGGUGUGGUGGCGGAAAAGCCCCGCAAGGAAAUCGGUUGUGGGGAAGCUAACUAG